ACUACUGUUGUACGGUGGUACUUCGUACCUUACUGUACGGUACGAGAUACUGUAUACCCAUCUCGUAGUUUAGUACCAGUACCUGGUACGUCUACUUCGUAGCGAAACAAAUUAUUCUCGCGAAGCAUAGGCAGCACCCCCAACAAUAAGGCACCACACCAGAAUAGAACGUAACAAAACGCAACACGAGACACCAUGGUACAAUCCCAACUCACUUUCCGAAAUGCCUUGGGUCUAGCUGCGGUCGUCCUCCAAGCGAUUCUCGGAGGCGGCCGGAUCUCCGGGUCCUACGCCUGGGCCACCACUUCGCCGUCGCUUCGAUCGGUCAGAUCGAGCAGCAGUAGUAGCAGCAGCCUCCAAGCAGAAUCGACGGUGGCACCUUCUGCGACCGGUGUUCCCUUUUCGGCCAUCGUCGGAAACGGCCGCAUCGGUGGGGCUCUCUCCGACGCCGGGAACUGCGUCGUUCUGGGGAGGGGGGAUUCCAUCGACGCAAACGGAGAAGGCCCCAUUCUCCUCGCCACGCGGAACGAUGCCCUGGAUGGGAUUGUCGAGAGCUGUCCUCCCAACCGGCGAAAGGACCUCGUCUUUUUGCAGAACGGGUACCUCGACGAUUUUCUGGAAAGCAAGGGGCUCUCGGACAACACGCAGGUCUUGCUGUACCUGAGCGUUUCGGCUAAGGGCGUCGCACCGACCGACGGCGUCACGGCCUUCAACCCGGAGGGCCUUACCGCGUCGACGGGGGAGUGGGCGGACGCCUUUGCGGGCCGCCUGGCCGCCCUCGACCUAAAGUGCAACGUCGUUUCCGGUAAGGACUACCGCCCCGCCAUGUUCGAAAAGCUCAUGUGGAUCUCCACGUACAUGCUCGUCGGUGCGGCCAACGACUGCCCCACCGUUGGAGAUGCCGGGAGGGAUCACUCCUCCACGGUGGAGGCCAUUGUGGCCGAGCUGGUAGAAGCGGUGUCCGCGAGUGAGGGGAUCUCCUUUCCCCCCGGAACGAUGGACCGGUUGUCAUCGUACACGGACGUGGUGGCCGAUUUCCCGUGCGGGGUGAAGGAGUUCGAGUGGAGGAACAAGUACUUCUGGGAUCUCGGCGACGAAGCCGUCCCCACCCACAACGGGUUGCUGAGGGAGUGCGCCGCCAAGGGAAUUCUUUCCUUUGAGCUUCCGGAGUAACGGGGCAGAGAUCUGUUCGACCAGGAUUGCAUCGAGACGGGUCACAGGUGGCCAAGCAGGAACUCUUGUCACUACACAAGCCAAUCGGGCCGAACCGAAUCCAAAAACUGCCGUUCACCGAUGUUUCUCUUCUUUUGUUCUAAGCAACUAUACAUG